AUGGGUGUUUACUUGGCGGCGAUUUUUUCGUUACUGGUCUUUGAAAUGGCCAUAUUGUUUGUUUUGGUGCUUCCACUUCCACAGCGUGUGAGGAAAUGGUUGUACAUGCGCUGCACUGCUAUAGGCUCUAAUAAGAAGUUUAGGACAUAUAUGGUGGGAAUCAUGAUAUUCGUUGGUCUCUUGUUCAUCGAUUCGUGGAAGAGAUCGCAGAUCAAAGUCUCUACGUAUCACAGUCAAAAACCCCCUUACGUAAUAAAUAGUGUCACCCCAGUGGACGCGUUAGCUUCAAGGGCAUACAACCAGAGGAAUGUUUACAUUUCGGGCUUCAUCAUCUAUUUCUGUAUAUGUAUUCUCACCGUGAUGAGUAUACUGCGCAGAAUAGUGGAGUGGAAUGACAAAAUUAGGGCUGGAGAUGCGAUUUUGAAGGCAAAGUUAAGGCAGAAGCAAAAAUACUUGAAGGACUUGCAGAAGAAGAAUGGUUCUCACAUACAUACAUACAGAUGA